AUGGAUUUUGUAUUUCAUAAUGGCACCAAUGGAUCCUCUCCAUACGUGGAAUUUUACCCAUACAAUCCUUCAGCGCCCGCAGGAUAUGCAUUCAUGGCAAUUUUUGGUGUCCUUACUAUUGUUCACUUUGUCUUGAUGUUCCCUUUCCGAGCCGCAUACUUCAUCCCGCUAGUUUUAGGCGGAAUAUGCGAAACCUUCGGCUACUACGGAAGGGCAUGGUCCCAUAAUAAUAGAACGAAGAUCGGGUCGUGGGCACUCCAAGAAAUGCUCAUUCUCUGUGCACCGGCCCUGGUGGCUGCAACGAUAUAUAUGACCCUUGCACGGGUUAUUCGAGCCUGCGAUGCGGAACACAUGUCGAGUAUUCGCACCAAAUGGCUUACAUUUAUUUUCGUACUCAACGACAUCAUCUGUUUCUGUACUCAGAUUGGCGGUGCAGGUGUACAAAUCACUGGGGACGCAAAAGUGAUGUCCAUUGGACGGCAUGUUGUGUUAGGUGGUCUUAUAUUCUCUUUGGUGAUUUUCGGUCUGUUUGUUUUAGUGGCGCUGAAGUUUCAUCGACGGCUUGCGGCGUCCCCAACGAACAUCGUUAUCCAGACUCCGGAGGUGAGCUGGAAGCGUUAUAUGUGGGUGAUGUAUGCAGCUUGCCUGGCUCUGUCUAUUCGAAAUCUCUUCCGGACCAUUCAAUUCGGGACCGCAAAAGGGAUAUCAUCAGGCCAAAAGAAGGAUCCUCUAGGUCAGUAUGAGGUGUUCAUUUAUGUCUUUGAUGCAUUCCUCAUGGUUAUUGUGAUCCUCACUCUGUCUAUAUACCAUCCUGGCCUUUUGAUCAAGAAAUGGAGAUGGUCAUCGCGCUCAGGGGACUUCAUGAAGUAUGGCCGCAUGGAAAGCAAUGAGAUUUCUGAAACACUCGCCCUCACGAGUCGUUAAAAUGGAUUUCCUAUAGCUUAAGGUGGACUCUGUGCCGUGGUAUACAUUUAUUUGAUCCCUUUUUUUGCUUUUCGGGGGUUGCUCUAUAUUUUCCCCCAUGUUUUGC